AUGCCUCGCCAAGUCGCCCCGCCUCCAUCUCACGAGUUCCAGGUCACUCUGGCCAAGCCGUUCUCCGGUACCCCACAGCUACACAUUGAAGUCAUCGGCGACCACCACGGAUCUGCGUCGAUUCGCCGCACGACAACAUCUGACGCAAACACCAAGGACGAGAAGGUCGGCGAGGUGCCUGCAGAUGAUGUGAAAGAGCUCCUCCGCCUUGUCGCCUCGCUCCGUGGCUUCCCCUCCCAUUCGGACAAGGAUGUGUUCGGCGCGGACGUGAAGCUCGCGUUCAACACGAUGGAGACACAGUGGAGCAACGGCGACGACAGUGUGGCCGACGGAGGCGGUGAGGUCGGAGGCGAGCAGAAGGAUGAGUUCAGUAGGGUUGCGGACAGCGUCGAGGCACUUGCGAGGACGUUUGCGAAGCAGGACAGUGCUGUCUGA